AUGCCAGAAAACGUGCCUCGCACUCAGAUUGCUCGGCGAAACUUCAGUGCCUUUCAAGUCCCUUGUGGACAUAUGGGGUGCAAACGUUUCUUCAAGACCACUGCUGGACGCACUAAGCAUAUUCUAUCAGCCCACCCUGUUGUGUCCCCUCCAGCCUCUCCAGAACCGCAUCAUGACGACAUUGCCGACAAUCCUUUUCAGGAUGACUUUGAUCUUCUAGGUCAACCGGACGGUUCUAACGAGGAGUUAAGAGCUUCUCCCCCCCCCAACGUACACGCAGAAUUUUUCGGACCUGGAAACUCCCUCUAUCGCAACUAUCAUACUUUGUUAGAUGGGCGACCUUGUGACGCCCAUGGUCAUUUUCUCCCUGAGGGUACUGCACCUCCUCCUCCGGAGCCCAAAUCUCGGAAUGACUGGACGCCAUUUCGAAAUCGGGUGGAAUUUGAAACCGCCGAGUAUUUUUAUAUCCGCAAUCAGACUCCAGCAGGACAGGCCGACCAUCUUCUCAACCUUUGGGCCACAACACUUCUCCAACAUGGUGGCACCCCACCGUUUGCAGAUCACAAAGACCUUUAUGCAACAAUUGAUUCAAUUGCACUGGGCGACGUGAAGUGGGAGGGCUUCUCAUGCGCCUACACAGGAGAGAAACCUGAUGGCUACCCACCCUGGAUGGAUGGGAGCUAUGACGUCUGGUACCGAGAUCCGCGGGAGGUUGUUCGCAACAUGUUGGCGAACCCUUCAUACUCUAACGAAAUGGACUACCGGCCUUAUCGCGAGUACUCUACCAAUGGAGAUGAGCGGCAAUUGCGAGAUUUCAUGUCGGCUGAUUGGGCUUGGAAUCAGGCGGAUAUCAUUGCUGGAGACCCAGAGACAAUUGGCUCCACCUUCGUGCCCAUCAUCCUCGGAAGCGACAAGACGACGGUUUCUGUUGCGAUCGGCAACAACGAGUAUUAUCCCCUCUAUCUUUCAAUAGGGAAUGUUCGCAACAACGUUCGCCGCGCACAUCGAGACGCACUUGUGGUCAUUGGGUUCCUCGCAAUGCCAAAGACAACAAAGAAACACGCGGAGGAUCCAAAGUUUCGCAAAUUCCGUCGCCAACUAUUUCAUUCCUCGCUGUCUAGGAUACUCGCAUCACUUCGGCCUGGGAUGUCAACACCUGAAGUCACAAAGUUCGGAGAUGGUCAUUUUCGGCGCGUGAUUUAUGGCCUGGGCCCAUACAUUGCCGAUUACGAGGAACAAGUCCUCCUUGCAUGUAUAGUUCACUUCUGGUGUCCAAGAUGCUGCUCACAUCGUGACAGCCUCGACACUCCCUCGCUCCUUCGAUGCCGCGAAUACCACGAAGCCCUGUUUGAAGCGGGUACUUACGGAGAACUGUGGGUAGAGUUUGGAAUAGUCGCCGACUUGAUUCCUUUCACGAACGACUUUCCGCGUGCCGACAUCCACGAAGUGAUUGCCCCGGACAUUCUACAUCAAGUUAUCAAAGGUGCCUUUAAGGAUCACCUGGUGGCGUGGGUGGAGAAGUAUCUUGUCCUUACUCAUGGGAGGACUGAGGCAGACCGCAUCUUAGAUGAUAUUGAUCAUAGAAUAGCAGCUGUUGCAUCGUUUUCGGGUCUGCGCCGCUUCCCGCAAGGGCGGGGCUUUAAGCAAUGGACGGGGGACGAUUCUAAAGCUCUCAUGAAGGUAUACAUACCCGCAAUCGAGGGGCACGUACCGAUAGAUGUCGUUCGCGCAUUCCGCGCGUUGCUCGAGUUCUGCUACCUCGUACGUCGAAACACUAUCACCGAGAACACCCUGGACGAGAUUCAAGACGCAGUCUCUCGUUUCCAUCAAUACCGCGAGAUUUUCAACACUUCGGGCACUAUUCCAACGUUCUCGCUGCCGCGGCAACACUCCCUAAUGCACUACGCGCACGUUAUUCGACUCUUCGGCGCCCCGAACGGACUGUGUUCAUCGAUCACAGAGAGCAAGCACAUAAAGGCUGUGAAGGAACCAUGGAGGCGUUCGAGUAAGUACAAAGCGCUCGGUCAGAUGCUGGUCACGAACCAGCGUCUUAGUAAACUAGCUGCCGCGCGUGUUGAUUUUGACAGUCGUAAGAUGUUGGCUGGUACCUGCCUUUCAGCGGAACUCGAGGCUCUUGGUAUGUCGGCCAAUAUUGAUGUCCUCGAUGAUGAAGACCUUGGUGUUCCCCUGCCAAAUCAAGCUGUCAAUUGUGACAACGACAACGAUACAGCCGUAGACCAUGGCCCGACUGUAUUACAAGCACACACUCGGCUCGCACGGACAGUUCAAACAAAGCGUGCGCGGAGUGUCUUGGCUCUCGCUGAGGAAAUACACCUUCCUUCUCUCCCGGCCUUAAUCCGCCGCUUUCUUUUUCAGCAAACACGCCCAAACGACACCCAGGACCCGCACGAAAUCCCUCUUGCUGCCUGCCCCAGAUACGAAGGGAAAAUCUCAGUCUUCAACUCCGCGUGCUCAAGAUUUUAUGCACCGAGUGAUAUUUGUGGGAUUGGUGGGAUGCGAGUGGAGCAUAUCCGCUCAUGUCCUUUGUGGCGGGGUGAAUUUUCACGCUAUGACUGUGUUUUCAUUAACACAGGAUCAGACACUGAGGGUAUCCGAGGGCUUGAAGUCGCGAGGGUUUUCGCCUUCUUCUCAUUCAAUUAUGGAGGAAUCACGUAUCCGUGCGCUGUUGUGCGCUGGUUUGAUGUUGUUGGAGACACACCUGACCUAGAGACGGGAAUGUGGAUAGUUCGCCCGGCCUACAACGCCAACCGCACACCUCUGCACGGCGUCAUUCAUGUGGACACCAUCUAUCGCGCUGCUCACCUCAUUCCUAUCUACGGCAACCAUUUCGUUCCCCUCGACAUCACCUUGCACGUGUCUUACGAUGCUUUUCGGGCCUACUAUGUUAAUAAGUAUGUUGAUCAUCAUGCCUUUGAAAUCGCAUCGUGA